UGCACCCCAGAUCCCAAAGGUGAUGAAUGAUCCAGUAUGCUGAUAUCACGGCUGACAUCUCAGAUAGCGAGGGUCACGCGAUGUACAGAACGCCUCCUAUCGCGAUCCGCCGCUUCCCUCCGGACUCCUAGGCUUGCGGCGUCUGCCAAUUACGGCACGCAGUCCUCCAGCAAAAAUGGAGCCUGCCCCCAGCAGUGGUACGCGCUGGACCCCGAGCUGGAAGAAAUGCUGGUGCCCCGAAAGAUGUCCAUCUCCCCCCUCGAAAGCUGGCUGACGGUCCGGUAUUCCCUCCCGAAAGGUGGUGGAGUCAUCAAUGUUCACGAGAGGAUAGGUUACGAACCCGCCCGGGAGUACGACCUCCCGCCAUGUUCCCGGGGCGCAGAGGAGGGGGAUGAGGAGGACGGGGGAGGCGAGCUGAACCGGGACAAGAUAGAAUGCAAGAACAUCCUGAAGAUCCGGAGGAGGAAAAUGAAUAAACACAAGUACAAGAAGCUGAUGAAACGGACAAAAUUCUUGCGGAAGAGUAUCAGGAUAAUCCGGCGGCGGAAAAAACAGAAAAGGUUUGAACGCGAUCUGGAACGCAUCUGGAGGAGAGCCGGUUUGAAGAACCCCCCGGAGGGUUGGGUCGCACCGAAGAUAUAUCUCAAGAAUGUGAAGUCCGAGUGACAUUGCUCCGAGUGUUUUCCUUUUUCUUUUUCAUUAAAGAGUAUUUAACAGCGA